AUGGACUCCACGAUGGAGGAAAGAGCAAAGAAGUCACGAAAAAGACAAAUGUCAAGAGCCAAGCGAGUCUUAGCAAAUCGUCGAGAACGAGAACGGGUCAGAAAAAUGAACGACGCCUUUGAAGAGCUGCGAAGUACGAUUCCGAACUACGAGGAAACCCGCGUGAAGACAAAACUAGAGCUGCUGCGGAUCGCUACAAACUACAUCCAAAGUCUGAAAGAUUCCAUUCAGAAUAGUAUUUCUGAUGGCUAUAACACUCCAUUGAUAUACCCACCCGCUUAUGAAAUGGAUCCAAACGGAGGACUGAAAUCGGGACCCUGGAUCUCCGAGUACCCGAAUCCGACUCAGCUCCCAGUUCCCCCGCCGCCAACAUUUACCGAGUUGCCUAGUUUCCAGUUUCCUCCUCAUCAUCAGGCAGUUUCUAGUGGAUCUCAGUUUUCCUCGCCAAUACCUAACUCCAGUGAGACUUCAGCACAGGAUUGUUACAGUCUUUGGUCAAAUGGUUUCGCUGAUUCUUUGUCAGGGGAGAGUUUGCUGUAUAACGUACAGGUAUAAAUAUUGAAAGCGCGCAGCCAAUCUUCACAUUGUUUGGCGCUUUAAAGGCGCUAUUUCACGCUAUUUGCUCUUUUGUUUUACAAAACUAAAACUUUUUUCGCAUCAGUUGAAUUCAAAAAAUAAAAAUAGUCCAGUUUUGUUAUUUAAGACUAUGUUCAGGUUUUGAAACUGUUUCCUGUCUCUGGUCUGUUACAACGGAUGACAAGGAUGGACAUGGAUUGAAAUUUGAAAAAGUUGGCCUUCAGUGCCAUGCCUGCAACGUCACCAAAAAAAUAUCAUGGUUAGAGCCAAAAAACAACUUUGCACGUGCAUCACGCUUUUUUGUACAUUUCUUAGCCGUUGUUGCACGACUGCGACAUGAAACUUCCUAAUUUCAGGCGCCCGCUUUAUUGAGUAGGUGAGCACAACGGAAAAAGUUUCUUUUUCUUUUUCUAAACUUAGAUACGGUCCUUUCGGAUUUAACCAAGAAAAUUUCGCCAACAUUUGACAAAUUAAAUGAAAUUAAAUAACAUCGAUGAAGUUUGACACAGGGCAAAUUCACUUUUUCACGUUUUGGUUUGUUGUCAUCCAGAAAUUUUGCUACCAUGGCAAAGUGACGUAAUGACUUCUCCUCUCUAUUAACCUAAAACAGCAAAUGCACAGUUGACUGAUGUAAGCCUUUUGUUUGUCUUGUCCCAGUCCUUUCCUUACCUUCCAGCUUUGGGCUUUGUACCACGUGAAUGAAUACAGGGCCUAUUAAUAAUGAGUACUGAGUUGUUACAGUCAACUCUCGCCUUGGGGACACCUCGCUAAAACGGACACCCCGAUAAUACAGAGGGUAGCUAAAUCCCAGGCAAAAAAAUUGCGGCUAUUACGGACUCUCGCUAAUGAGGACACUAAGUCAAGGUCCCUACAGUGUCCGCUAUAAAGGAAGUUGACUGUAUUCGGCGGCUUUGGGCUUUGCACCACGUAAAUGACUGGCUAUAAAAGGCCUAUUAGUAAUGAGUGCUGGGUUGUUAUAUGUUAAACUCUUGUCAAAAGACCCAUGACGUCACAUUUCGGAAUUAAAGUUUUUAAAAAUGCGUCUUUUGGACCGCAAUAACUGAAACAACAUGACCUUUUGAAUGAUUUUUUUUUCUCUUCAACAGAAUGCAGCUACAGGCUUGUACAUUGAAGGCCAUUAA